CCGUCGUCCAUUCGGACAGUAAGCUCGGUUGGGACAGGAAGCACUUACUUUAACCGAUCUAUCGCCUCACUAAGCAGAGCUUCCCAUCGCUCUACCGCCGCGCGGCCUGUUUCACACCCUAAAUCCUGUUCUCGCUCGAUCAGCGAUCACCGAGCAACGCAGCGGUUCGGUGUCCAGUGUCCGCGCGUGUACAAACGUCCAGUCUCUAACUGGAUGUGUCGUACGCGAUACAUAUUCGUUCCUCCAAGUUUAUAUUUAAGAAUUUCGGUAGCGGGAUUCCGCUUUCUGUAACGCUUCGUGUUUGACUCGGAGCUGAAAAUAAGAAGAGACGAAGAUGUGUUGCAGUGGAUGUUCGCUACGGAAGUGAUACGAGGAAGAUAAUUACGAAGUCAGAGAUCUAGCAACGGACGAGAGACAGAGGGUUGAGAAGAGUGGACUGAUGUAUAGAUAAGGCGCGAGAAGACGUUUAGAGAUGAUUUGGAAGCUGGAUCGAAGCGGAAGUUGGUUCGCCCUGUUCGUAGCGAUUCUCAUCGCAAUCGAAGUAGUGCAGGGAAACAUCAAGGAUUCCACAGUUUGUGGCCGAUCAAAAUGCAAAGUGCCAGCGAGCAGGAAAUUCAAAUAUCAGGAGAGCGUGUCGUACCACUACAGAUAUUCGGUGGCGGUCAGUACGAAUCUCGGCAAGGACGAACAUGCGAACGAUCGAGCGCAUGCAUCGUCAGGUUCUCCCGGAAACGAGUCAACGUUGCAUUUGAACGCCGACUUGGUGAUUCGUUUCGACAGCCCCUGCGAGGGUAGCUUGAAAUUCGGGAACGUGAGCCUGAGCCAUGAUCCUCAUACGUACAAUCCAGAAUUCCCCGACCGUGCCGGUGCCGAAUUCAAAAAGAAUCUUGAACGUUUCGCGUUGAGAUUCGCUUUCGACGAUGGCCGGAUAGACGAGCUCUGCCCGGACAAACGCGACCAUGUCUGGGCUUUGAACCUGAAGAGAGGCGUGUUGUCAAUGAUGCAGAACACCAUGCAGAGGUUCGACAUCGACCGCCGUGCGAACGAAUUAGACGUAAACGGUAUCUGCGAGACUUCGUACCGUUUGCACGAGGCGAAACGCACCAGCUUAGUCUUGAACAAGACCAAGAAUCUCUCGGACUGCGUGCAAGGCUCGAAGCACUUCUCUGUGAUCCGUUCGAACGCUUAUAGGAGUCCCCGUCGAUCGGGUGCUUCUCGGCACCCACUGCUUAACUCCCAAAUCGAUUGCGAACUGACCAUCGAUCGUAACGUGUACGAGAAAAUCGUUUGCAAAGAACUUCAUCGCGUCAGACCAUUGUCGAACGGUCACACAGGCGCGCGGACCGAAUCAUCGGCUACCCUUCAACUGAUCGGAGAGUCCAAAGACGAUUAUUACUCGAUUGCUGGCGACGACGACGAGAACGAAGAUAUGACGAUCGCGCAUCGCGGAAAAAGAACCAAUUUGCUAUACGAUUAUUCGAAAACGCCGAGGACUGUCCAUGGGGAAUUGAGAAGUUCCAGGGAUCUCUUAAAAACGAUGUGUAAACUGGGAGUGACUGGGGUCGACGAGAUGCAGCAACGAUUCUCGGAGAUAUUUACCGCGUUCGUACAUUCAGCGCGACUUCUCGAUUAUCCAUCUCUGUCGCAGUUGUUCGUCAGAGCCAACGGUAUAUGUAAAACCGGCAAGAAAUACAUCGUCGACGCGUUGCCGUUUAUCGGUAGCAACGCAGCCGUGAACCUGAUGAAAGAUCUGAUAAUAAAGCGAUACGUCGAUCAAGCGACGAUUGACAAAUGGAUGGUCGCGUUUGCUCUGAUCCCUCGGCCGAAUCUGGACACGAUUAGAAUCCUGUCGCCUCUUUUAGAAUUUCAGGAUAAAAUCCCAGAGGCUCAGUUCAUUCUGAGUUAUUCCGCGACGAUUUACGCGUUUUGUUCCGGUCACGAAACGCGGUGCGCCAAUGUCGAAGAGGUGACGCGGUUCAUUCGAUAUCUCGAGGAUAAAGUCGACAAGGGUUGCAUGCCUCGAACGCAUUCUGUAUCCUCGAUCAAGAAGACUAUGGAAGUGUUGAAAGCGAUCGGAAACAUGGGUUUGGAGACGGAAAGAUUAUCGAAAUUAUUGAACGAAUGCACAGACGACAUCGGCGGAUUCUUACCUAUGGAGAUUCGCGUUGCCAGCAUUGAGGCACAUCGUAGAAUGCCGUCGUGUGAACAAACGAGGGAUCUCCAUUUUUUGAAUAGAUAUCGAAACUUCAGUUUGGACUCGGAAAUACGUAUCGCGUCUUACUUACAAGUGAUGCGUUGUCCCGAUUAUAACGUCGUUAAAACGAUCAAGCAUACGUUAAGAUCGGAAGAAAUCAAUCAAGUUGGAACGUUCGUUUGGAGUCAUUUGACGAACCUCUACAACUCCGCUUCGCCAACUAGAAUCGAGAUUCAAAGCCUGUUAACAGACCGGGACAUCGAUGACAAAUUCAACAGUGACAGAAGGAAGUUCUCGCGAAAUUACGACGGCUCCUUCUUUUCGGAGGAAUACAACUUCGGUGCCAAUUAUCAAGGGAAUCUAAUAUUUUCUCCGAAGUCGUAUAUACCUAGAUCCGCGACGUUUAAUUUGACGUUCGAUCUAUUCGGUGAAUCUGUGAACGUUUUCGAAAUGACGACGAGACUCGAAGGCCUGGAGUAUUACGCGGAGAAGUUUUUCGGUCCGGACGGACCGUACGGCAAUGAGAAGGUGUCGAGCUUUUUCAAGCACUUGCUCAGGAGUUUCAGAUCCGCUGACCCGGAAGAGGAGCAAGAUUAUUGGAAACGCGUGAAACGUCUGCCGAACGUGAUCGAUAAUAAUUUUCAAGAUCCUAAGAUUAGUUUUAGUUACAAGAUUUUUGGAAACGAUUUAAAAUACUCGAUGCUGAAUGGUGACCACGAAAUCAGAGGCGCUUUGUUGCGUAUAAAUCCGUGGGAGAAGUUGAAGCAAAUUACGUCUGGAAACGAGAUACAUUACGAAAAUGCGGUAAUGUUCCUGGACUCGACGUAUGUGGUGCCAAUGACUUCCGGAAUGCCCGUGCGAUUAGAUUUUGCUGGCUCUGCGGCGUGUAAUUUCAAGAUGUCAGGAUUACUCGAUGCCAAAGGAAUCUCGAAAGGAGAAAUCGAACUCGUCAGCAAUAUCGCACCUAGUGCAAGCGUCGACAUAAUUGCAAGUAUGACCGUGGACGCCUUCUAUAAAACUGCCGGAACUAAAUUACGAUCGAACAUGUACUCGUCCGGCGCGGUCGAAAUUCACCUGGACGUGAAAGGUACACGUUCUAUUAGACUGAGCUUGGGUCUGCCCAACAAAAAGAUGGAAGUAUUUUCGAUCGGCACGGAUGUCCUCCUCACGAAGGGCAACGGUGCCGAGAUCGAGGAGAAGCCACUGGACGUUUUAAUUGCCGGACGAUCGAUCGCGAUACCUAGAAACGUAAUCGCAAACACGAGCUGCACUUGGACAGCCCUCGACAGAUUAAUAGGACUAAAAAUGUGCGUCGAUUAUCAACUGUCGAAUCGAACGAAAGAUCCUAAAGCGCCGUACUUCGUUUUGAGCGGGCCGUCGCUUUUCAAAAUUUCUAUGAUCAAAUCAGAUCCCACUGCUCAGAACUACUUGUUCGAGUACAAAUGGGAAAAGAAAAAGGAGGAAAAUUUGUUCAGAGUCGCGUUCGAUACACCUGGAUCGCAGGUGAACAGAGAACUGAGCGCGACCGUUUCCUUUGACGCUAAAACUCACAACGUGACCGUCUUGCUACGUUCCGCUGGAAAUUCUCUAGUGGCUGAAGGUACUUACAAAAGCACGGAGAACGAGACCUUCGUCGAUCUAGGCUUCGACGUAAACGGUACCAAACAUCUAGACGCGAGUUUGGGAUACACGAUCAAGCGGUUUGGCCAUGGCUUUGCGUUCAGUCCACAGAUGCACCUGAUCGUUAACAACGAGCGGAUCGCCGCACUUUCAGGUACGAUUAAAACUGCCUGGAAGAACAACAUCUCGCAAUGCGACAUAGAUCUGACUUUCCGAACGAAGAAAGUUUGGAGCAAAUUGGUGGGUUACAUCAUCCGGAGGAACGUGAGCUUAGCCGGCGACUUUCAACUGGAGUAUCAACUGCAAAAGAUGCCGAAGAAGGAAACCCUGCGGUUCGAGAUGUCCACUUCGAACCGUUCGUCGAAAACAUUGACCCACAAGACGCUCGAUCUAAAGUUACGUUCUACGGCAUAUCCGCAAUUGAACACGGUGAUCACCGCGUGGUAUCAGCAAGCUCUCGGUCACCUCGAGUUGCACGCGGAGGUGAACUCGAGCCCGCACCUCAUGGACGAUCGUCACAAACUCACAGCUCGAUUGAUCAUCUCCUAUUCCAAGAUGUACUUCCAAAAUCAAGAUACAAAGGUCAGCGCGUUGUUCGCCGUGACGAAACCGAUUCAGAACUUGGACUUAAAGAUCGGGAUGAAUCACUAUUCCAUGGGACCAGAAUCGAGAACAGGCUUGUUAAUAGGAUACGCUCCAGGCAAAGAGAUCACGUUGACCGUGAACCUGAUAAUGCCUCGCGGGCUGACCCUCGGUUUAGAGGGUCACGCGAAUCUCACGAUACCGAAUUUCCACCCGAUGCUGUUUGACGCACGAAUUACGGAGAGAUCGAAGCGAACUUACGAUUUGGAUUUAGCUGGGACGUGGUUCAGUGGGCAUAAUAUGACAGCGCGUGGUAUCUACACAGACAAAUCGGUAGCGAGCGUAGUCAGUCAUAGCUUGAAGCUGAUAUUGAAAUCUCCGAGUUUCGUCGACAUUCUGCUCUCGUGCAAACUGUACAGGGAUUACAGGGACAUCAGAGCGAGCGUGCACGUGGAACAGCUAGACCGGGACACCUACGCGUUCGUCUUAAAUCACUCGGUCACGUCGCCGACGACGUUCAUCUCCUACGUCGAAGGGAGAUACAAAAACAGUGUGUAUUCGUUGACGACGAACGUGGAUACGAAGCGGGAGAUACGGGCGGAGAUACACGUAGAUAAAUGGCGAGACAUUCACUUAGCGUUGACUGGCGUCAACGAGGAAAACAAUAAAGAAUUCGGAGCGGAGCUCAAAUGGGACGCGAAUCGCGAUCCUGCGUUGAAGAUCGCGAUCUCGUUCGGUUUCGAGAAGACUGUACUCAUCCCUGUAUCCUCUGAUCCUGAAAGGAACGUCAGCGCGGUGUUCAGGCUGACGUAUCCUGGUCGCUAUGUGACUGCUGCGUGCCGUGCGACCGCACGCGGUUACUACAACUACUCGGUGGACGCGACGGUCGACUGGAAUCCGGAACAGACAAUGCGAUUGUUGAUCGCGACGCAGAAUAAUCUACAGCCGUGGAUAAAAUCGAGCAGUUUAGAGACUCGGCUGAUCACGCCGUUCGACAAUUGGAAGGAAACGGCUCUGACCGCUAAAUAUCUACAAGAACAGAAUAGGAUCAAGGCGAGCGGCAGCGUCCACUGGAGAGACUCGCAACAUUUGAUUGCGGAAUUGGAAGGCAGCAAGGAAGAACGACAAGCGGACAAAUUUAAGGAAUGGAGAGUGAACUGUGGAAUACACAGCUCCAUGAGUUCCAUCUCGUCUACUACCGUAACUAUUACUCAUAAAAUGGUUGAUUCACGAAACGCGGAUACACGUUUGCUGGUUCUGUCGAACGAGAACGCUGAGAAGGUAAUCGACGCUUGGAGCAUCUGGUACCUGAACAAGGGAUACGGCAAUGAGACUGACGAGACAUUCAAUCUGACCGGUAAUCUGCAUCUCGAGUCCUCGGUUAUUCGAUAUAAGAAAACUGACAUGAAAUGCCAGCUGCGAGUGUUGUCCGAUUGGAAGUUCGUAGGUGCGACUAACUUAGAAUUGGACAAGAAGACUUACUCUGGAGAACUGGUCGGCGAUUUUCACCGUAUUAAAGAGUCCUCGAUGGAACUGAACCUCACCACUCCGUUGGAGAAGUUCUCUUUCAUCCGCGGAAGAUUUGGUUUGUCGGAAAGUAACAGGCACAUCGUCGCGAAAUUGGACACGCCUUCUGGUUCACUCGGAAUCGAAGCGAUCUGUCAAUUGUUCACCUCUAAUUACCAGUUCCAUGUUCUACUGUCGGUCGCUACUCCGCUCGAGAUCCUUCAAGAAACCCUUCUGAUCGCCAAGCUGAACGACCGAGAAGCCGACUUUCGCGUCGGUUACAUUCAAAUGCUCGUAGGAUUUCAAGGCGUUUGGCAUUACCACAAUAUCACCGAUUUCCAUUAUAGGUAUCUAUUGUUCACGCCCAUCGACAGUCUAAAGGAAGCCGGAGUUGUGGCUAAAUUAAUUACGAGUCGCCGCACCGAAGAUGAUCGCCUCAGCAUCGACACGGAAUUCUCGAUCAGACUCUCCGAUGAUAAGAGUGACGGUAAAAUCGGCGUCAUUAGCGGCUUCGACGAGACUAAAAUCGGCAUCAGGGUCAAAGCUGGCCCGAAAAAUCCACCGAUCGUUAUAUCGAUCGAACCUCCGUCAUUCCCAUCGUCGGUCAAUCAUUCAGAAUCGAGCGGAGAUCAAGGGAGCGAAGCAGACUUCGAAGAUUUCGAGAAUUAUGAAGACGCACCGAUUCAUUGGCACGGAGAGGCUGAAGCAUAUCUAGCAAUCAUCGCACCCAUCGCGGGAGAACUGGACGUAGAUAAGCAAGGGACGACGUCGAAAGUCGCAGCUAAUGUGCGAUACCUCCAAGGAACCAUAUCGUUGGACGAUAUUCUCUACAUAGAGGAUCUCUUCAACAUGAAGAACGAGUUGACGAUCACCUUUCCGUUUCAGUCUGUCAACGAAAUCACUUGUCUGAACGCGUUCGUAGUUGACAUGGAGACUUCUAACUAUACUAUGCAAGCGGUAGUGAACGUCGGACGGAACGGAACCCUCUACGAGACUGGAGUUCUCAUUAAUUACGUUUCCACCGAGAGCGAGUUGGACGAUUCGCACGUGACGCACUCUUUACGCGUGAAUAUGAAGACCCCUCUUGAGUUCAUUAAAUUCUUGGACACGAACACGAGCCUGGAGAUGGACGAGACGUUUAGAAAAACUAGAAUCGAGAUACGCGCGCCUAAUAGCACGAUCACGGUGCACGGGUCUCUCGAGGCGGAAGACGCGUUCGUAGACGCGUCGCUCGACUUCGCGCUCGACACUCCUUUCGUGAAGCUACCGAAGACAGUGAUGAAACUUAAACGAGACCUGAGCGAGAAAGACAAGUAUUUGAUGAUAAGCGGUGAAAUUCAGGAACCAAUCUCCAAAUCGAUUUCGUUUCAAUCUGGUUGGCGCGCGUCGGAGGCGCGAGAUCACGUGACAGGUUUCGCGGUUUUCCAGUCGUGGAUGGAAUCGUUAAAGGGCGUCGAAGUCCGCUUAUCCUACUUGAACGCAAUUCCGAGCAACUCGACGGCGACUCUUCUCGUUUACGCGAAACAUCUCUUCCGUACGGAUUACAGGGAGUACAAGUUCUCAGGGAAUUACACUGAUAAUUUAAUCGACGCGGAAUUAUAUACGUCCGAGUCGAUGAACGAUCCGCAUUUCACGUUCCACGGCAAUACAAGAAAACUCGAAACGGACGAUGUCUCUUUAAAUACGAAGUACGAGUUGAACGGUCAACUGCGGAAUCGCUUGACCGCGGAAACGCGUCCAGUUCUUGGGGAAUUCGAGUUGACGCGAAAUGGUACCUUGCAAGCUCUACAGAUAACAGCGAGAACACCAGGAACACUGGAACUGCCCGAAACACCGGAAUCGGCGAUCAGUAAUAAGUCCGGCGACGAUGACGUUGUUCUAACGUUGAAACGUGAGAAAUACGGUUUGAACGUCGAUCUUCUGAGUCGCUAUACGAACGGAACGAUCGAAGCGAAUUUUGUGAACUCGUUCAACUGGGACGUGAGAGUGCGUGCGGAUAUCAACGAAACGAAUCAACUACGAUUUACCACUUUUAUGAACGUACAAGUGAACGGGAAUACGACGUUAUACGUGCACGCAGAAACACCGAUCCCGGAGAUUCAAAAUGUGAGUCUGACCGGAAAUCUGUUACUGACGAACAACAGCGGCGAUGCUCGAGCCAGUGGACGGUUCAACGAAGAAAAUGAUCUACUCCGUUUCGUGACCAUUCAAUGGAAAUUGGUUCAUCUCAUCGAUAUAUUCGGAAGAGUGAUGACCGGGUAUCGAGAGGCAACAGCGGACGGGCAACGCAAGAUCGUCGAUUGUCAAUUAUUCUUUAGAAAUCCUCGUCGCGCGUUUCGUAACGUCGACGCUGGCUUCGACUUAAACGUCGAUCAGAACGAAGUUGAAACACCGUGGAAAUUCGCAGCGAACACGACUAUCGGUUUUCGAAACCACGAGAACAUCGAUGGAGUGUUCGCGAUUACGUUGCCACCUCCAAAUAAGGACGAUCAUCGUUUUCUUAUCAGCUAUCAUUCGAACGCAAACGGACCCGCCAAGGAUGCCUCUUACGUGAUCGGAUACAACGCUAUACGCGCUAAUACCAAUUAUGCUUCCGAUGGAUCGAUACACAUGAGUUCGCGAGAUAUCAACGGGCACGUUCGCGCCUCUUGGGGAAUGCUACCGGUUCAGUCUAUUAACAAUCUGCUGAACGUGAGCUUCGAUGGCAAAGAGAUCGAACUCAAGUACUCGCUGUACACACCGAAAUUUCAGCAACAAGAGACGUUGGUAUUUCUAUUCGAUUACAAUCGCAUCGCUCCCGAUUCCGAGGUACGAGCGAUAAACUCGGAGAUUUACUACCCGGCGAGUACGAACAUUGCCACGGCUAAAGUUUUAUACGACAGUCUGGUCAACGUGAACGGAACCGUGAACGCUGUUGUACCCGUGGCGAACAUAUCGCAGUUAGGAUGUCAGUUCAUCGUAUUGACAACUUUGCAACGAAAUAAGAGGUACGCAAAGGUAUUCUGGCCACAGGACACCGCGAUCUUCGACUCCGACUACAGUUACAGUAGCGAGAAGUUAAAUUCGGACUUGGAAGGAGUUUUGCACGUGGAAGUUCCCGUGAGCACUCGUCACGUGAGCCACCUGACCUACGGCUAUAAGAAACGACCGCAGACGACCACCGGCUAUUCGGAAUUGAUAUACAAUGGACAGAAAGCGAUUUAUGGCCUGUACAACUCAAAAAGCGAGUCGAGGGCCGGUUUCGAAAGGGACCGCACGCAGAUCACGAUCGAGAACACGUAUAAACCGAUCGGUAUCCUCUACGUGAAUCAAUACGAGUACAGCGCGGGAAACGAGGGGACGAAUUUCCCGACCGUCGAAUACAAGUACGCGAACUUGUAUCAAUUAGAUAAUAGAACCGCGUUUGACGUGGUAGCUGAAUCUACUAUCAAGACGUCGCACACGGGUCAGAAUAUCCACUUGAAGGCGAUCCAUUCGAAUAGAACUGUGCAAUUUAAAACGGACUAUCAGGUAUUGCCAGGGGAAUUCGAUCAGACCAGUUGGCUCAGUUUGGCCGAAGACGUAUGGAUAUCUUAUCGCGUGAACAUUUUAAAUAAGACCACCGAGCGGGUAGACAACCAGUUCCUCGUUCUGAACGUCUCCUAUCCUGGACGAAAUUUCAGUCUCGAUGGAUCAUAUUGGAUCAGUAGCGACGAGCUCAGGUCCGAAGUGAAACUCGACUGGGACCGAGAAACGGAGAGACCCAGGACUAUAGGCGCACGUUUCAAUUGGGCUAAUCUCUCGUCCUCCGCAGUCUCUGAAUCCUCGUCCGAACGAACGGGAUCGGACGGCGAAGAGGACGAGACGGGUGUGCAACAGCGCGCUGUAUUUACUUUGAGGCAUCCGAGAUUCUCGAAACAAAUCUAUUUGAAAGGCGAAUUACUCAAAACCGAUCCCAGAGAUUUAAUCAACGUUCGGCUUGUCGCUGAUUAUUCCACCGAUCCGGAUAAACUGUUCAUGGUCUCAGGCUUGUUCAGAGACGAAAGCGAGCUACCGAUGACUAGAAAAUACUUUUACGGAGUGUCGGGUAAACACCUGAGCUCGAAGUUCCAUCUCGACGUACAGGGAUUCGUUCGCAAAUACGAGUAUACUUUAUUCGAGACGUAUAACACUGGCAACUAUAAGCGCAGCUUCCUGGACGAGGACACGGGCAAGCUGAACGCGAAGCUCGAUCUUGUUCGCAAUGAGGUACUUUUUCAACGGGAACACAACAAGGCGGUCAAAUAUUUGAACGGUCGAUACUACUCGUUGGACCAUUGCUACGUCGUCAAUGGCACAAUUAUCAAUACACCGAGUUUGAACGCCACCGGCGCUUUCCUCCUUGAUUUAAACAACAAAUUGACGCGAAUGAUGCUGAACUACACUCCAGAUGCGGUGGAGAGCUUACGAAUGUACGGCAGGAUUCCGGACGCGAGGAACGCCGUCUUCGACAUUUGGAGGACUUACGAAGAAGAUUUCACAGUGUCCGAUGUUUCCUUCUAUUUGAAGCUGAACCAUUCCCGACUGAUUACUUCCACAUUGCGUUGGAGACCCGAGCUAAAGGCCGAUAUAAUUACAUUUGUAAGAGAUACGGCGAUGGACAUGUACAACAACAUAAACAAUGAUGCGGACUAUUGGAAGCAAUACAUAAAGGAUGAAACGGUGAACGUGAUAUCGGACGUUUGGGACAACGCUCGAGAAGACGAAGAGCUUAAGGAAUUCCUCGACGAUUGCGAAAAUCUAAAGGAACUGCAAACAGACUUCGAUGAGUUGAAGACCUUCUUAAAUGACUCGUACAACGCAAACGACUUUUAUAUAAAAAACAUCGUCUCGUUCGGGAUGUACGCGAUCGACGAGCUCUCGCUUCGAAGUCACAUCGAGUCCCUGCCUAACAUAUUAAAUGAGAUAUGGGCGAUAAUGGGCGAGUCCGGGGAGGCGAUCCGGAACUCUUUACUCUGGGUCAUCGAAGCGAUUAAGAGCGCUUUUAACAAAAUUCCAGAGAUCGUCGCCGCCAUAAUCAGGGGUGACACCAUUUCACAGCUGGUGAACGUGGUCGACAAGCUACUCGAGAAAUACGAUAAAUUCGUGAAAGACCUUCACGUAUCGUUCAUUAAAUACAUCGAAAGUCUGUGGGGAAGGAUCUCCCAGUCGAUCUCGCAACAAUGGAAUCGAUUUUUAUUAUUUAUCGAGCCGCUCUUCAUCCGCUUCAUCCACUAUCUCGAGACCGUCAUCUGGAAGGCGAGCAAAGAGAUACUGGAUUUCCUGUACGACCGCAGGAACGAUCUGAUCGCUUCGCCUUACUUCGAUCGCCUCGCUAAUUUCACUCAAGACGUCGACAAAUUUUAUAGAGACAUCAAAGCCAACGAUAUUAUAACGAACGUGAAGAAAUAUACCGAACCGGUGAUACGGUUGCUGAAAGAGAAGUACUUCGUGUUCGUGCCGUUCGGUAAGGAACUGAAGGACGUCGUCGACGAGAUCAUCACCGAACUGAGCGAAUUAAAAAAGUUACCUUCUAUACACUACGCGCUGGAGAAGAUGUGGCAGGUGUACGACAGAGCGUACUAUAUUUACGACUAUCUCGAGAUACAAGCGAGACUGGAAUCCGCUCUUCGAUUGAUCCAUUCGAAAUUGUUGGACGUGAGUCAAACGGCUCUGCAGGCUGAGAGCAAAUAUAGGGAAGCGAAAACGAAGUUCAUUUUCGAUCCUAACCAGGGUCUGAUGUGCUUAGAGCAGAAGCUUCCGAUGUCUUGGCACACGUUCAAUCAGACCCCCGAGUUUCAAGAAAUUCCAGAAUUCCGGGCGAUUUCUGAUAUAACAUCGUACUUCGUUUCAUCGUCGGACAUCACCUUCUGGAGCAUUUAUCGAUACAAGCCGUACAUGGAUCCGGUCAAUUGGUUACCGCCGUUCAGAGCGCAAGCAACGAUAAUGGGCUCGAAACACUUCAUCACUUUCGAUGGACGGCACAUAGACUUCCGACGGUUGGUGAACACCAGUUCCUGCAGCACGUAUCUACUAGCUCGCGAUUUCGUGGGAAAUACUUUCACCAUCCUCCUCGACUAUGAACAUAGCACAGGUGGACACAAGAUCAUCGUGUUGCUCGAGAAAGACGCCCUCGAACUCGACGUCUUCAAUAACAGUAUCAAACUGGUCUCAAAACAAUCAUACAAGGAGUCGUCACAGAGCAAUUUCGUGCUUCCAACGGAGCUGGAGAACGGGACAACUUAUGUGUACCAAAUGGACAGCAUAGUGAUCGUCGAGCGUAAUCAGAAUCAAUUCCGUCUCGAGUGUAAUUUCAAGUUUGAUCUAUGCACACUGGAACUGUCUGGCUGGUAUCAUGGGAAAACGGCCGGCAUCCUUGGAACGAUGAACUACGAGCCUAUGGACGAUACCACCGGAUCGGACGGAGUCGUAUCGAAGGACGUGAGAACGUUCACAGAAAGUUGGUCGUUGGAUCGUUGCUCGACGAAUCGUUCCGAUUUAAUAUCGACGACUACGACGACGGCGACCCCGAUUUUGGAACCUGCAGAGGAAUCUUCUUCGACUCUCGUCUCGGAGUUCUGCAACGAUCUCUUCGUGAACAAGAGUUCCGAAUUCGUUAGCUGUUUCGACACGAUAGAUCCGAGCGAGUAUUGGAAAAUGUGCGACGAAACCGAGAGCCGAUUCGAGGCUUGCACCGUGGCGUUGGCCUUCAUGCAGGCUUGCACGUUCCACGAGACGUAUCUUAGAAUCCCAGACGUGUGCAGUAAUUGCAGCAUGAUAAACGGUAGCCGAGUGGCGGAAGGUCAGUUCGCGAAACUGGAAGACCACCAGGUGCCCGCUUCGACCGAUGUAGUGUUCAUCGUCGAAGGGAAGGAGUGUAACCGCAACAUGAAGGAGAAUCGGAGCAUCGAGCAUCUCGUCAGUCAAUUGAGCAAAGAAUUGAGGGAUCAAGGCCUCGCGGACAACCGAUGGUCUCUGGUCGUAUUCGGAGCUGACAGAGUCUUCGAUCAACCAAGAACGAUCGUCUUCGACGGACAAGUGUUUACGAAGAGCGUGGCUCGGUUCAUCGAUUAUUUCGAUUACGUACCGAUCGGCGAUGGAAACCGUGACAUCUUCGCGGCUAUCGCGUUUGCUUCGAAACUUGAGUUUAGAGCCGGCGUGUCUAAAACGUUUAUCUUGAUGCCUUGCUCGAAUUGCGAGCCCGAAAAUCAAACGUUGGAUUACUCAGUGUUGAACGAAGUUCUAUUAGAACACGGCGUCACGCUUCAUAUUCUAAUGGACGGCGAUUUCGAGUUCGAGAAGGAGAGACUGAACAAAAUCUUUUACGGAUUGGACGCGACCAAGUCGUACACAAAGAAAGACGCCAGGACGUUAACAGGAGACGUCGAUUUACGAAGACAAGUGAAAUUGUCCAAAAACGCGCUGGGCUACUGCACGCCUCUAGCUUUAGAGGUCAAUGGAACUAUAUUCAGCGGGGAUAAGUUGCGAUUCGACAAAGCGACUUCGAUCAAAAAAUUUGCCAGCGUUUUCUCCAAGAGGGUGGCUUUGACCGCACAACCCAAUCCCUGCCAGAAUUGCGAGUGUACCGCUGACAACAACGGUGUUACACGCAUGGAGUGCAUACCGUGCGUUUAUCCGUCUCCGGUCUCCGUUGAUUACGAAGCGUUCAACCUGAACGAUUCGCUGGCGUAUCUACAGCCGCUGAACAUCGAUUACAGUCAAAUCGACGUCGACGACAGCUGAUCGAAUAAUUUUCAUCUCCCCCCGAUAUUCUGACUUAUUUUCAUCUACAUUCUUUUAUUAUACAUACGUAUAUGCGUGUACGUAUGCGAUUUCGAUACCAUUUAAGGAUGUAUUGGCUAUACAGUCAAUCCCAAAAGUUCAUGCACUUUAGAAACGCAUUUUUUAAAAAGAAA